AUGAGUUCACAAAUCAUGACACAAUCACAAGAUGCUUAUUUGUCUACUAUGACCGAUGAAGAAAUUGAAUUAUUGAAAAAACUUGAAGACGAGAAUCGGCGUAUUGAAUAUGAUUUAAAAUCAGCCGCAAGCGCAAUUCUCAAACCUCUCGUCAAUAAACGUUCACCUGAAUUACAUCAUAAACAAGGACGAAAAGAUUCAAUUUCCAGUGAUUUGAGUAAUUUAACAAUUGAUAGUGAUGGUAAUCUUGACAAUGAAUGGGUUAUAUGGAAUAAAUUGGUUAAUAAUUGGCCUGUAUAUAUGAAGAAAAAAUCAAUAUGGAUCAAAGAUUUAAUACGAUCUGGUGUUCCAAUUCAUUUUCGUCCAUUACUUUGGCAAUGUUUAAGUAAAAUUGAUACAACAAAUGUUAAACAAAAAUAUGCGGAAUUAAUGAAAAUGUCAUCACCAUGUGAAAAAGUUAUUCAAAGAGAUAUAACAAGAACAUAUCCUGAACAUCAAUUUUUUAAAGAAAAAAAUGGUCUUGGACAAGAAAGUCUAUUUAAUGUAAUUAAGGCUUAUUCUUUAUAUGACCGGGAGGUUGGUUAUUGUCAAGGUAUUGGUUUUAUUGUUGGUCUUCUACUAAUGCAUAUGCCUGAAGAAGAAGCUUUUGCCGUAUUGGUGUCAAUAAUGCAAGAUUAUUCAAUGCGUGAAAUGUAUAAACCUGACAUGUAUUAUUUAGGUCUUUGUAUGUAUCAACUUGAAUGUUUAAUCCAAGAAAUCUUACCUGAUCUUUAUCGACAUUUUCAAUUAGAAAAUUUUCAUACAUCAAUGUAUGCAUCAAGUUGGUUUUUAACGUUAUUUACAACACACUUUUCAUUAAAUAUGGUUUGUCGCACAAUGGAUUUAUUUUUAAGUGAGGGUAUGGAAAUGAUCUUUCGUAUUAGUAUCGCUCUACUUGAAAUUCAUCAAGAUGAAUUAAUGCUUUUAUCGAUGGAAGAUAUGCUUAAGUAUUUUCAAAAAGAAAUACCUAUUAAACAUGAAACAGAUCAUGAAUCAUUAUUUCAACGUGCAUUUUCAUUUGAUUAUAACAGUAAAAAAAUGAAAAAAUUAGAAAAAGAAUACACUGUUAUUCGUAAAGAAGAACAAGAAGAACAAAUCGAAAUACGUAAACUACGAAAUGAAAAUCGUUUAUUAAAGCAACGAGUUGAAAAUUUAGAAAAAGAAAGUCUUACACUUGCCAAUCGAUUAAUUGAAGGUCAAGUAUUGAAUGCACAAUAUGCUGAAGAAUCUUAUCAAAUAAAACGUGAAAAUUCUAAUUUAAAAAAACAUAUUGAAGAUUUAAUUCAUUUAAAUAAUCAUGAUACAAAUAUUCAAACAAAAAAUAUAGAUUCAUCAGAUUUUCUAGUUAAAUCCAAUGAUAAUGAAUUAGAAGUUUUACAAGAAACAGUCAAUCGAUUAAGUGAUGAAAAUCGUCGUUUACAAUCAACACCAAUUUCUGAAAUAGCAUCAUUACAAGAAGAAUUAACUCUUGUAAAAAUGCGUGAUGCUGAAGCUCAAGUAAAUUUAAAUGAACUUCGACAACGUAUAGCUGAUCUAAAUCGUGAAUGGCAAUUACAUGAUAGUACAUGUCGAAUAAAUCGUGAAACACAUAAACAACCAACUAAUGAUGCUUAUGAUUUAAUAGCACAUGAAUUAAUAUCAUUGAAAAUGCGUGAAGCUCAAGCAGAUUGUGAUAAUAAACUUCUUUCACAAAAACUUAUGGAUAUCGAAACACAAAAACAAGUUUUACAUAAUCAAAUUAAAAGACAAGAUGAUGAAGUACAACGAAUUCGUCUUGAACUUGAUGAAUGUCGAAUACGUGAGAAUGAAUUACGUACACAAUUACAUGAAAUUAAAAAUCAAAUGCAUGAUGGAGAAUUAAGACAAAAAGAAGAUUCAAUGAUGUUACGUAUUCGUGAAGCAGAAAGUACUCAAACAAUGGGUGAUUUACGUCAAAAAAUUGCUGAACUUGAAGUUCAAAAUCAAGAAUUAAUAACGCGUAGUCAAAUUAUGGAUGAUAAAGAUUUACAAGAAAAACUUCUUGAACUUCAAGAUGAGGUCAUGCGUUUGCGUUUAAUACAUACAUUAAAUCGUAAACAAUCAAUAUCAACAGAUCAUACUCGAAUAGAUUAUGAAGAUAGUGAAGAUGAAAGUCUACCUUCAUCAUCAUCUAAUAAUGAAAAUCAUCGUUUAAGUUCUUCUGUUGGUAUUUAUUCAAAUUCAACUAAAGAAUCUAAUCAUCGUCUUCGUCAAUCAACACCUUGUCUAUUUCAAUCAACAACAAAUAAUAAUACAAUAACACAAUGUAUGAAUUCAUCGACUUUACUUUUAUCUUCUAAAUUAUCAUCAUCUACAAAUAAAAUAAAUGUCGAAUGA